UUCAGGGUAUACCAACAUACACCUGAAACUACUUUUCUCUGAGAUCAACUUAUCUCAGACAGAAUGGUUGACCAGCUCCAAGGAACAUGGAAGUCCGUUUCUUGUGAAAAUUUCGAAGAAUACUUGAAGGAGCUGGGUAUAGGAAGAGCCAGCAGGAAACUGGGCUGUUUGGCAAAACCCACUGUGACCAUCAGUACAGAUGGAGAUGUCAUCACAAUAAAAACCAAAAGCAUCUUUAAAAAUAGUGAGAUCUCCUUUAAGCUGGGAGAAGAGUUUGAGGAAAUCACACCAGGCGGCCACAAAACAAAGAGUAAAGUAACCUUAGAUAAGGAGUCCCUGAUUCAAGUUCAGAACUGGGAUGGCAAAGAAACCACCAUAACGAGAAAGCUGGUGGAUGGGAAAAUGGUGGUGGAAAGCGCUGUGAACGGUGUUAUCUGUACACGAACAUAUGAGAAAGUAUCAUCAAAUUCAGUCUCAAACUCUUAAGGCUUUCUCAAGCUGUCCUCCAAACUACUGAGGUUGUUUAAAUAAAACUCCAAAGUAAAAUAUUAAAA